AUGUCGAAAGACUCCUCCUACACCUACAUCCACUUCAACCGGCCCCGUGACGCGGACCUCUUCGAAGACUUCUGCAAAGACAAGCUCCCAGACGACGAGAUCUACGUCCCGCCGCACAACCAGCCUAUCAACCCAGAAGAUGAAGACGAUGUAGUGCCUGACCAGCAUGCGGCGUUUGGGAUCCAGAGGGCGACGCAGAAGGUUAAGGAGGCUGCGUGGAAGGAUUUGGGACUUGCGGACUUGAUGAAGAAGGGUCCGGAGAAGGAGAAGGUGGGGUUGAAGGCUGGUUCUAGGUCGUUGCCGAGAUGA